GCCGCCCUGCAGUCCCCCCAACCCCGCGCGGUCGCCCCGGCCCCGCCAUGCCCGCCGACCUCAGCGGCACCUGGAACCUGAGCAGCAGCGACAACUUCGAGGGCUACAUGCUGGCCCUGGGUAUCGACUUUGCCACUCGGAAGAUAGCCAAGCUGCUGAAGCCGCAGAAAGUGAUUGAGCAGAAUGGGGAUUCUUUUACCAUCCACACGUACAGCAGCCUACGGAACUACCUGGUUCAGUUUAAAGUUGGCGAAGAAUUUGAUGAAGAGACCAAAGGCCUGGAUAACAGGAAAUGCAAGAGCUUGGUCACCUGGGACAACGACAGGCUCACCUGUGUCCAGAAGGGGGAGAAGAAGAACAGAGGCUGGACCCAUUGGAUCGAAGGCGACAAACUCCACCUGGAAAUGUUCUGCGAGGGCCAAGUGUGCAAGCAGACGUUCCAGAGGGCCUGAUCGGGAUCCACCAACGGAGCCGUGAGCCACACGGGGCCGCAGCUUAACGCCUGACUACAUUCCAGAAUGAACGGGUGUUCAUCUGCCCUCGAUUGGUGAUGGGCCUUGUGGUCAGAGGUGUCACGCAGCCUGUACCAGAAACCGUUUGGA